AGCGCGUCAGAGUGGAGUGCAGCCUGGAAGUUCGGGGAGAGUCGUUUAGAAGGGGCAGGGCGAGAGGAGCAGCUUGGAUUCUGCCUCUUACUUCCAAAAAAAAUAAAAAAUAAAAAAUAAAUUAUAUAUAUAUACAUUUUUUUUUCACAAUCAUCAUUAUUUUUAUUUUUUUAUUUUUUAAGUUAUGAACGCAGAUACGUGCUUGUCAUACUGCGACAUGACCUCGAUGGAUUCGUAUUAUAGUCCGUCUGCCUCGCAAGGUAGGGAACACCAGGCGAACCCGUUCAGGACUUUCGGCACCAGCGAAGCCAAAUACAGCCCGACGUUCGCGCCGAGUAAAGGGCACGCGUACGUGGGCGAGAAGUCCCGGAGUCCCUUCCAGGCGGAGUGCCAGUCGCUGGACGGCGCGGAGGGAGAGGGCCCCUUCCACAAGUACCAGCUCUUCAUGCACAGACCCACCUGCAAGACUCCCCCCGAGGGCAGCAAGCUGCACCCGGACGGCAUCCUGCCCUGCUACGGAAAAGACAACAGCCUGACAGAGUCUGAGCUGCCCUCCAGCGCCGACCCCCCCGGGAUGGAAAGCAGCUACCUAAAUCUAAAGGAAGCUGGAGUGAAGGGGUCAGGCGAGCGUCCAGGUUCAGAUCUUCCCAGCCCGCUGGAUAAAAGCGAGACAGAGAGCACCAAAGGCAAAAAGAGGCGUAAUCGCACCACGUUUACCAGCUACCAGCUGGAGGAGUUAGAGAAGGUCUUCCAGAAGACACACUACCCAGAUGUGUAUGCCCGUGAGCAGCUGGCACUGAGAACAGACCUGACGGAGGCUCGUGUCCAGGUGUGGUUCCAGAACCGCAGAGCCAAGUGGAGGAAGAGGGAGCGAUUUGGCCAAAUGCAACAGGUUCGAACGCAUUUUUCAACAGCUUACGAGCUGCCUCUUCUGACUCGGCCUGAGAACUACGCGCAGAUUCAAAACCCCUCAUGGAUCGGUAGCAGCAGCGGAGCCUCUCCGGUGCCAGGUUGUGUUGUUCCUUGUGAUACCGUCCCCCCCUGUAUGCCCCCUCAUCCUCAUAGUCACGGAGGAGUCCCUGACUUCCUGGGUGUGCCCAGCCCAGGGAGCAGCCACAUGGGGCAGACGCAGAUGGGCAGUCUUUUUGGGGGACCCGGAAUGGUCGGGGGAAUGAAUGGUUAUGAUCUCAAUGUCGAUCCAGACCGCAAGUCUUCCAGCAUAGCAGCGCUGCGUAUGAAGGCCAAGGAGCACAGUGCCGCCAUUUCCUGGGCCACAUGAUGUUCCCGCCAAGUCCGACCCCGCCCCCCAUUAGGCCACUUCUCUUGAGCGGCCAUCAUCGAGCACUGUGGGGGAGUUUUGGGGAGAGCGCUAAUGAUAACGCAGUUCAAAUGAACAGGGAGAGACUGUAGAGAUAGCAGAGACCAUUGCGGCGGCCAACGCAGUGGAGAUAACAACUGUGACUGUGACAAUCAGCAGAAACUGAAGUUCAAAAGUAUAGAGGCGAAAAUCACACCCAAGCGUUUUUUGAUUCCUCGAUGUCUCAGGUCUUGGCGGAACUACGUGGUGACUUUGACAUAGAAAUCAUUUUCCGUAAAAUGAGCAAGGUCAUCAGUAUCGUUUACAAAAGACAUUCAAAACGCAGUCUCAAAAAGAUCCGUUUCACAUUAGAGUGUGCAGGUACAGUUUGUUCGGAGCUCUCUGCCAGUCUAUAAGAAACGACUUUAGACUUGUCCCUCACACAGGAAAAAUCCUUUCAUUUCCAUUUCCCAAUAGUUAUAAUCAGGGCAACUCCAGGAAUUAAACUGGACCGGAGGCUGGAUGAUACGUCUGGAUUUACACUGCAGGUCAAAGUGACCAAUUCAGAGUGAGUGCCUUCGACUUAUUUGGACCAUCUAUUACACGUUUGACAUUUUCCAGUGCACUAUAUCUGAUAUCUCUGUUUUAACGUUGACUGAAAAGCUGAAGGUGGCGACAACAAGGAAGUGGACAAUAAUAAACCAAUUACUAAUGAUCUAACAUGACAUAACUCUGCCCCCCAUCGAUUUAAAUGAAAGUUGCAAUUUUCACCUGGCCGCACUCUGCGAUCAUUUUCUUCCCCACUUAUUUAAUGGUCUUCGUACCUAUGUACCAUGUUUAAGCCAUAUUGAAUGGUCAACGCUCUUGUCGUUUUGAUUGACCGUGGGUAUCGUGUGUGUGUGCGUGUAUUUGGAUUUUGUCAUGCUCACAUUGACAGGGUACUGUAUAUCCAAGCUGUCAUUUUACACUGCAGUAGCAUUGGCAGAUAUACCGAUUUAUAUCAGACUUGUAUCCACGAGUGGAAAAGAGGCCUUAUUCGAGUCGAUCUGAGGAUCUUUGUCCUUUUUGUUGCCAUGAACUGAAUGUAAAUUGUGUGCCAUUAACCACGCAGCGUCAGUUCAGUCAAAGUGAUGCAAUCAUCCACCGAUAAUGAAUGACAAUAAUCCAUGCCGUAUGUAUUUAUUUUUUUUAGUGAGCAAAUGCAUUCUUCCAAGUGAAUACACAGGUGGGAUGCAACAGGCAAAUCUAAUUGAGCGUGAACAGAAAUAGCCCGCGCCAAUUUCAGUGCGGGAGGGGAGCAGAUCGGCAGUCAUUUCAAGGCAACAUGUCGUUUCCUCCCGCAGAGCAAACUCCACAGGUUCCCCUGCCAGGCCUGGCUUCAAGUUACAGGAAACUCAGUGUCUCCAGUGGCAGACAAGGCACAGCGGCAGCCUUCAACACCAACUAGUCAUGCCAACUUCCACCAACUAGACACACUUAAUUAGCAUCAAAGUGAGCCUUUCUGCCCAGUGAACACCAAUGUGUAACACGGCCUGCAUGGGAAGGACAGACUGAAAAGCCCGUCCAAAGGCUGUAAUGACCGGGUUAUGGUUGAACAUUGGCUCAGCAGAGAUGACUCCUGAUUCACAGAAUCUGACACAUGCCAGAAACCGCAGACUGAAUCAGUGGGCUUAAUUGCCAAGGGGGAGAAUUUUGAAAUGUUUCGGUCAUGUCAUGACAUUCGUGCUCGAGUGCGGCAACGUGGAGAGUAUACGUUGCAGGGGUGUCCCUGUGUGUUACCCCCUCGGAAUAAUUCUUUCACCGGAGCUCGGCUGCAGGCCGACACUAAAGACAGAUUGCAUUCGCCUUUUUAGCUGAUCUUGCUAUGACACCCGGUGACGACGCUGUCAUUCUCGCUCCCCUACGUUGUAUGACGGAGGGCAGGGUCGUCCCAAUCAGCUGCUUGGGCACGUAGAAAAAAACUCAAAUAAAUACACUUGUCAAAGCAAUAGUGUACUCUAGUUUUUCUUUUAGAACUACCAAAAAAAAAAAAAAAAAGGCAUUAUUAUAAUAUUUACCUCAAUUGAGCACUUCUUGAUACGGGGAUUGUAUUGGACGUAUCGGAAUGUUUUAGUCUGAUCCCUAAAAUAUGGACAGUAUGCGAUUUAUCGGAAGGCUUUUACCACUGAGCAAAGACCCCAAUCAAAUACUUGACAGAUUAUGAGCGCUAAACAGAACAUUCAGUUUUUAAAUGAAAAGAAAAACAGGAUGUGGAAAUUGCAGGCAAGAUUUCAUUGAAUUCCUACGUAGGGCUGACUGCAUGAUUGUCUCCGUGGUCCGACUUCCCGUGCGUUAAACUGCAGCUCUUUCCAUGAUGAUACUACUGAAAAGUUGUUUUGUGUGAAUGUGAACAAUAUGUAUUAUAUUGUUCUGUUGCUUGUACAUUUGUUUUACCUAUGUGUCAAAUAUUGGACCUCCAACAGCCAAACCAUUGAAGUAUUACAGUGAUAUUGCCAAAUAAUACAUUGUGUUCAGCAUUAUUUCCAAGGAAAAUGUUGUGCCAGGCUUUUAACUGUUAAGUCGCUUUCUAAUUUUCUAAUGGCUUCAAGCUGCUUUUUGUAUAAUAACCAAAUAUUUCUACUUAUGGUAGUGACUUUAUAUAAUGCGCCAUUGCAAUAAGUUAUUGCACUUACAAUUUCGAGAAUUGUAUGUUUAAACGUCCACUGGGACAGAAGUCUCUCGUUCCGUGUUCGGAAAAUGUUGCUUUAAGCCAUCCAUAUUUAGUACCGUGACAUCUGCUCAAGGUGCUGGACAUUUGUUUGUACAGAGCUAACUUGUUUUUCAUUUGAUGGAUUGAAGUGAUGACGCAAUAAAAUUUGA